AAAAAAGAAAACACUUGCUACCGUUUAAGUCUGCUUUUCUGAACCAUUAUUUAAGUGGAUCUCCAGCAAGAAUGCAUUGAGAGAAUUAAAUCUAGUCAUCCAAUGUUAUGAUCCAACAAUCAAAUUGGCUGAAAUCACAUUUUUAUUUGUGUCAUCCAUAUGAGACGGCUAAUAUAUAACUGCAUCAUAUUUGUAGAGACAAACAUAUUUAACAUUUAUUUUGGUCUACCUGCACAGUUUCGGCACAGCGCCACCUAUUUGUCAAAAGUGAUAAACCAUUGACCAUUAGUAAUGACAUUUUCAAAAUGAUUAUAACUUGUCAUAACAUUAGCUUAUUGUAAUGACAAAAACAUAGAUACAAAUUUCACCAAAGUUAGCUGAACUUACUGUUUGCCAUUUUGAUUUGUUGUAAACCUACUUUUUUUCAAACUCCUAGUCAGUUGGUCCAAUUUUCUCCAAAAUUUAGUCAGAUCAUCUUCAGACAAAAAGUCAUGGAUUUUGUGUUGACAGACAAAACCAUUUUUGUAUUGCAUUGCAACAAGCUUGAGGCAUGAUGCCAAAAUGACUCUGAGGUUGUAUCUCUGCAAAGAUUUGACAUAUUGACACCAAACUUUGUGUGUACCAGUGUAACCUCACAGAAUAUAGCACAUCGAUUUGAUAAUGGUGCUACCUGUUUUGUGCUUGGCCCCUACAUUGCUACUUCCAGCUAUAUUUAGUGUAAUAUUUAUUAAUCAUUGUUUAUUGUUCUAUUUGACAACAAAUUGUUUAAUUAAUAUAGCCUAAUAAUAAAAUAUUAGUAUCAAGAGUCAAAGACUGAAUUUUGUGGGCUCUUCUGGGGCUCCUGGGCCAGAGUCUCUGGAUUGUAGCGGGAUAUGAAGCAUGAUGAUGCAGGUCUGUUCGAAACUAUGCCAAAUAAUAGCCGCUCAAGCUUUGUGUCUAUUUUUAUUUUAGAUGUUGUUUUGAUGUAGCUCUCAUGAAGUAAACUGACCACAGUCUCACUUGCCAUCAUCGUUUUUUCUUUCAUUUCACUUCCUUUAUAUAUAUUUGUCCAGUCAGUGUUUGAGGGAAAUUAUUUCCCCUUUCCUGUAACUUCCUAUGUGAUGAGUUGGAAAUUCAGAAACCAAGUACUAAAGAAUGAUUGGUCAAAAUGCUGUUUCUGCACCUUCAAAAGUCAUGAAGUUGUUCCUGUUUUAGUAGCUUUCUCAUGCUUCACUCUUCUAUCAGGGCAGUUCAUGUUGGGCAUUCGGCUCGGUCGAGGUUCUUGCAGGUCAGCUGAUGAAGACCACACGAAAGCUGGUUGACCUCAGAAUCUGGUGGACUGUUCCUCCAGUUACAGCAACAAGGGCUGCAGUGGUGGUUUUAUGAAGCCUCGCAUCUGUCCACCACAGGAGUUUACAAUGACCUGACCUGUACAAAAAAUGUGAACCAGUGAUUGCGGGACCAGAAAACAGGAACAAUCAGAGUGAUUGUGAAGUUUUGUGACCAUAAAUUGACUGGAGGUUGCCAGAUGAGCUGCAGGAUUCAGCAGAAACGUAGGCUGCUUCAAUAAGCUUCCAAUGGCAAGUGAUGAACAGAUGUACAAAGCCAUGAUGUUUGGGAGCUUGCUGUUUUCCGUGUGUUGUAGUGCAGCACUGGCCCAUUUCAACACAAAUCUAGACCAGCACUGGGAGUUGUGGAAGAAGACUCAUAACAAGAUUUACUCCAGUAAAGUUGAAGAACUGGGCAGGAGGGAUUUAUGGGAGAGAAACGUUGAUCUUAUCACCCUUCACAACCUGGAGGCCUCCAUGGGUCUGCAUUCAUAUGACCUGGGCAUGAACCACAUGGGUGACAUGACAACAGAGGAGAUCCUGCAAACGUUAGCCACAACUCGUGUCCCCCCUGGCUUUAAGAGACAAGCACCAGAAUUUGUGGCCUCUCCUGGGGCUUCUGUCCCAGACUCUCUGGACUGGAGAGAGAAGGGAUAUGUCUCCAGUGUGAAGAACCAGGGUGCAUGUGGUUCAUGUUGGGCGUUCAGCGCUGUUGGGGCUCUUGAAGGUCAGCUGAUGAACACCACAGGAAAGCUGAUCGACCUCAGUGCUCAGAAUCUGGUGGAUUGUUCCUGCUGUUGGAUAACUGCUGCCUUCCAGUAUGUUAUUGAUAAUGGAGGAAUAGACUCAGAAUCAUCUUAUCCUCAUGAAGGAGUGCAAGGGACUUGCAGAUAUGAUCCAUCCAAGCGUGCAGCAAGCUGCAGCAAGUACUACUCUGUCAGUAAAGGAGAUGAGGAGGCCCUGAAGCAGGCUGUUGCCAACAUUGGGCCAAUUUCAGUGUCCAUUGAUGCCAGCCGCCCUCAGUUUAUCAUGUACCACAGUGGAGUUUACAAUGAUCCAUCUUGCAGCAAAAUCACAAACCAUGCAGUGCUGGUUGUGGGUUACGGUGCGAUUGCUGGACAGGACUUUUGGCUGGUCAAAAACAGUUGGGGUACUGGAUUUGGAGAUGGUGGCUACAUCCGUAUGGCCAGAAACCAGAACAACAUGUGCGGCAUCGCCUCAGAUGCCUCCUAUCCGAUUAUGUAACUGAAACACAUGCUGAAAUCUAGGAAUAUACAUAAGAAAUAUGUACAUUUCUUACCUGUAAAUGAGUUUUCUAUAUACUUUUUUGUAAAAUUUUCAUUGUCUUUUUAAUAAAAAAAACUAAUGUAUUUUAAGAAUGUCGUACAGUAUAAAUAUUUUUCUCUCUAUUGUAAACCUUUAAAAGGAAAAAAGCUUUCACUCUACUCAGUAUGUUUACAAAUGACUUGGUUUUAUUCAGUGCAACAUCACAACGAACAGUUUGACAUGAGGUAUUAAAGGAUUUUUCAAGAUCAGCACAGAAUGUCCAGUUAUGAUUGACAUUUAGAUUGCUGUGAUUUUUACACCUUUGGUUGAUUAGCCACAUUCAUAAGGUAACAAAAGGGAGAGAAUGACAUAAAAUGACACAGAUGUUCACAC